AUAUCCCCCACAUCUCCAAAUCUCUCACACAUACACAAAAACAAUAAAAACCCAGAAACAGCUGAAUCAAAAUUCCAAAUAAAAAAACACAUAUUAUGGUCAAGCCAGAGUCUUCAAAAUCAUCAGCCGAGAGAUCCAAUGAUUCUGCCAAAUACAAGGGUGUUAGGAAGCGCAAGUGGGGCAAAUGGGUGUCCGAAAUUCGGUUGCCCAACAGCCGAGAGCGGAUCUGGCUCGGUUCCUAUGACUCGGCCGAGAAGGCCGCUAGAGCCUUCGAUGCCGCCCUUUUUUGCCUCCGGGGCCACUCCGCCAAGUUCAAUUUUCCGGAAAACCCGCCUGAUAUUGUCGGAGGGAGGUCGCUCACUCCAUCAGAAAUUCAAGUGGCAGCUGCCCGAUUCGCCAAUUCGGAACCCCGACCCGGAUGCCCCAACCGUUCUUUCCCUGAAUCUUCCUCGUCUUCCUCGUCGCAAAUGCAGGUGGAAUCUCCGUCUCCGUCGGUGUCCGACGGAGCGGCCCAAUUGGGCAGCGAAACGACGCUGGACGGGUCGUUUUUGGACCUUUUUUCAACUAUGGGGUCGGAUAAUAGUACCAUGCCCGGUGGAUCAUUUGAUAUAUUCCCGGGUUUUGAUGAUUUCUCCAAUGAGUUUUAUGUGCCACCACUUCCUAGUGUUGAUGAUGUUGCAGAAGAUAAUUGUGACGUCAGCUUCUCACAAGAUUCAUUCCUCUGGAAUUUUAAUUAAUAAAUUCGUCAAAAAUGAAGACCACACAAGUCAGUAAUGUUAUACAUAUAUAGAUUUUUUACUCUACUGUUUUGUGUUUUACGACAAGAAAAACAAGUAAGAAAUUUUGUGUAUAACAUUUUUUAAAAAUGACAACUGGAGUCAAAAUUCCGGAAAAUUUUUGUUGCUGGAAUUAAUGACCACUUUUAAAUUUUUAUCGCUGGAAUUAAUGACCACUCUUUCUUACUAUCAUUAAAAAAAAAUAAAAAAUAAAAAAUAAAAACCUUGAUUAGCAAUAGCCAAAUGGUUUGGCCACUUUUUUUAAUGGUCAAUCCUUUUUUCUUUUUUUCUUUUUCACUUAGCAAUUAAAAUUUUGUGACGGUACAAAGUAGAGCUCAAUGGUCAACCAGAUAUAAGUGAAUGUGUCCUAUAUAUCUGUAGUCUUGUGAUAUUGUGUAUUCCUUGCCUCAUAUUGUAAUGAAAUAUACUCUUCUUACCUGCUACA